UCAGCUGUCCUACAUCUCUCCGACAAUGUCAGCCGCUGACGGUGGCGCCUAUCCGAAGCAGCAGUUUUCUUCUAUGGCCGGGGAGCCUCCUAGGUACGAAAACAAUGCCUACCCUCAACAAAACGUGCAGAUCGAGAUGCCGCCGGGUGCCUACCCAACCCUGGUCCAACCCAACGUAGUUACCGUGAAUCCCAUUGACGCUUACGUCCGAGACUAUCUUCCGUGGUCCAUAUUUAACACCUUAUACAUGAACUUCUGCUGCCUCGGGUUCGUCGCGCUUGUGUUCUCCGUGAGGUCUCGAGACCGGAAGCUUGCUGGAGAAAAGAUGGAAGCCAUUAGAUACGGUUCCACGGCUAGGAGUCUCAACUGCGCUGCCACCAUCUUGACCAUCAUACUGUUAGUCCUUUUUUUCAUCCUUAUGAUAUCUGGAACAAUCACACUGAUCAAGACCACCCAAAACUUCAAUGGACGUUAUUAAAAAAACACACUCUUUAUAAACGAGCCCCUGUACAGAAUACCUCUUUUGCCCCUUGUACAUAAUGUAUGAAAACCAUGUAAGAAUAUAAAUGAAGUGGGCAGCUGCACAUAUCCAGCGGUCAGCUGCACCUACAUCAUCAGGUGACCGCUGGCCUUAAAGUGCCAGGGCUGGCCUUUCAUUGCCAUUCUGGCCCUGCCCAACAGAGAUCCCUGGUGAGCAUCUACUCACUGGGCCAGUUAGGAGGACAUCACCCGGACCACAUCACAGAAAGGAUGGUGGCUACAGAGGAAGAUGCAGGGCCCCUGGGACGAGCAUUUGUCUCUAUACAAAAUAUAUACAUCUUGUUACAUUUCUGCAUACCUUUAUCUCCCUAAAUAAAAUAUUUACA